GCCGUUGUCUAUUGUUUAUCAAAUAACUUCCUAGAGGACAAACGUUGUAGAGAGCUCUUCUAUCUGGGUUGCGUCGUCUUGCAAAAGCCUAUAAGUCUUGUUCUUCUAGACAGGAGCAAGUCAUGGCAGGAAUCAGAACUUGGACUUACUUCUGCUGGCGCUGUAAGUAAUGCCUCUUGCAUUUCAUAA